UACAACGAAGCGCAAGGGUACUCAGUUCAGUGUCCUCAUCGCCCAGGAAUCCGAACCCCCUCCUCCUGCCACCGCCUGCUUUGGGGGGGACAAAAGAGGUGGCCCCAGGAAUCCGCCGCCUGUAAAACGCGCCUUGGAAAACACAGGGGAGGCGAGCAGAGACUUAACCCCUUCCUGUCAGCCGGCCUGGACAGACUUUUAAGGGCGUCCUCCUCGACUCCCUAUCCACUCGCCCCAGGUUACUCUAGUGGCCGGAUCCCGUCUCUCCCCGACAUCCUCCGGGUCUGCUGCCCCUGUGGAGUUCCUGAGGGAUCGAUGGGCAGACCUCCGCGGCGGCCCCUGGGCCCGGCCUCCAGGCCCGGCCCCCUAACUCGCACGGUCCUCCUUAAGGAGCUUCUGCGACCAGGAGUAGAGGCGGGUGUUUUGUUCUUAUAAGGAGGAAAAGUUUCUGUAACAGCCAGGAAAUGAGUAACUCCGAAUCUCUUUAGAUCCCGGCUGAUGGAGGCUACGAGGCGGGAGCCGGCCAGGGUAUCUCCGCCCCCGACCGUCUAAUUGUCCACCGGGACGCUCUGCCGCUAACGCAGCCAAACCGCAGCUUCCGGGCCCUGGGGACUCGCCUGCGCAGCCUGGGCCCGCGCGGUCCUCCCCGUGACGGCGAGUGGGGACGAAGGCGAAGCGAAAGCUCCAACCAUGGCACUGGGGCUCUUCCGUGUGUGUCUGGUGGUGGUGACAGCCAUCAUCAACCACCCGCUGCUGUUCCCACGGGAGAACGCCACAGUCCCCGAGAACGAGGAGGAGAUCAUCCUCAAGAUGCAGGCACAUGAGCAGAAGCUGCAGCUGGAGCAGCUGCGCUUGGAGGAGGAAAUGCAGCUGGCAGUGGAGACAGAGGCCCCGGAACAGGUGGCAGAGGAGGGCCAGCAGGACAUUGAGAGCCACACAGCCUGGGACCUGUGGAGCACGCUCUGCAUGAUCCUCUUCCUGGUGAUUGAGCUGUGGCGGCAGGACCACCAGGACGGCCUGUCCCCCGAGUGCCUGGGCGGGGAUGAGGACGAGCUGCCUGGUCUGGAGGGCGCCCCGCUCCGAGGCCUUACCCUGCCCAACAAGGCCACACUGGACCACUUUUAUGAGCGCUGCAUCCGGGGGGCCACAGCUGAUGCGGCUCGCACCCGGGAGUUCGUGGAAGGCUUUGUGGAUGACUUGCUGGAAGCCCUGAGGAGCCUGUGCAACCGGGACAGGGACGUGGAGGUAGAGGACUUCAUGGGGGUGGACAGCAUGUAUGAGAACUGGCAGGUGGACAAGCCGCUGCUGUGCCAGCUCUUUGUGCCCUUCACACCCCCUGAGCCCUACCACUUCCACCCAGAGCUCUGGUGCUCCAGCCACUCGGUGCCUUUAAAUCGCCAGGGGUACGGCCAGAUGAAGGUGGUCCGGGCUGACAUGGAUACAUUGGGCUGUAUCUGUGGCAAGACCAAGCUCGGGGAAGACAUGCUCUGUCUCCUUCACAGCAAGAACAAUGUGGUACGGCCCAGCGGCGAGGUGGAAGACCUACUGUGUGCCAGAGAUUCCCCGUACCUGGACACGAUGCAGGUCAUGAAGUGGUUCCAGGUCGCCCUCACCAGAGCCUGGCACCGCAUUGCCCACAAGUAUGAGUUUGACCUGGCGUUUGGCCAACUGGAUACCCCAGGGUCCCUCAAGAUCAAGUUCCGCUCAGGGAAGUUCAUGCCCUUCAACCUGAUCCCUGUGAUCCAGUAUAAUGACUCAGACCUGUACUUUGUCUCCCACCUUCCCAGGGAGCCUUCCGGGGAGACCCCAACAUCCAGCACUGACUGGAUCCUGUCCUUUGCUGUCUAUGAGCGACACUUCCUCAGGAUGACAUCAAAGGCACUGCCCGAGGGCUCCUGCCACCUCAGCUGCUUGCAGAUUGCCUCUUUCCUGCUCUCCAAGCAGAGCCGCCUAACUGGCCCCAGCGGGUUGAGCAACUACCACCUGAAGACGGCGCUGCUGCACCUCCUGCUCUCCCGGCGGGCCACCGACUGGAAGGCCGGGCAGCUGGACGCUCGUCUGCAUGAGCUGCUCUGCUUCCUGGAGAAGAGCCUGCUCGAAAAGAAGCUCCAUCACUUCUUCAUCGGCAACCGCAAGGUGCCUGAGACCAUGGGACUCCCCGAGGCCGUGCGCAGGGCUGAGCCUCUCAACCUCUUCCGGCCCUUCGUCCUGCAGCGAAGCCUCUACCUGAAGACAGUGGACUCUUUCUAUGAGAUGCUUAAGAAUGCCCCAGCGCUCAUUAGCGAGUACUCUCUACACAUCCCCACAGACCAUGCCAGCCUGCCCCAAAAACCUGUCAUCUUGUAGAGCAGCCCGAACCUCAAGGGCCAAGAUAUAGGGCAUCCCACACGCCCACCCCCAAGGGCAUGUGCAGGCCCUGUCCUGAGGAAACGGCAGGCUUUGUUGGGAGCCAUGGCGAGCCUGCCAGAAGCCAGGCCCUGUCAUGUGGAGGGAAGAGAAUCCAAGCUGGAAGCUAGUAUGCUUUUACACGUUGGGCUGGCCGGUGAAGCUGUUUUCUGCAUUUGGGGCCUGAUCUUUUGCAGCUUACUUCUGGAUCAUCACGAAUGGCCAAGAUGAUGACGGAACACUCUAUGAACACUGAGUUGGAGACCAUGCAACAUCACUGUGGUGUAAUUCUUUUUACAUCCCAGGUCCAGUCUUUACUUGAAUAUCAGCAGAGAAUCAAAGGGAUGCAGACAGGGAUCCGUGAUACAAGUGUACACCCCUAUUUCCAGUAACCCUUGGCCCCAGGCAUCUGCAGCCAAAGCUCUAAUAGGGACAGAUGUGGGAAUUCACAACGGUCCGCUCACAGCCUGCACAGUAGGGGGCCCACUGUGGGUGCCAUUUUUUUUGUACUGUUUGGAGACAAGACCUAGUAGAUUCAAGGCCCCACGUGGCUAAUGUCUCUGUUGCACAGAAGUGGGUACUUGGUGGCAGAGAAGUUUAAGUUGGCUACUUUUUCAGCGCCACACCUCAUUCAGGGUGUACCCCCGUCUCCCUGCCCCUUCCCCCAGCUUGGUGCUGUGUCCCGAGCGCCAUGGGCACCACAUACCAUGCUGGGUACAAAUUCAGUGGUUCCUCGCCCCACCUUUUUCUCUCCACAGCACGUGGGAAUGGGUAGAUGCUGACGGUGGAAGCUGAUAGAGAAAGAGGCACAGGGCGGCUGGGGUGAAGGGCAGCCUAGCACCUGGGGUGCUGGAGCCUGCCCGGCAGCCUGGCCUCUGGUGCCCAGUUCAGGGGAGGUGGCAAAACUGAGAGACGAGGAAUGCCAUGGCCCUGAGGGCCCCAGUCCUAGAGCAGGACGUACCUGGAAGCAAGAGCCGCUAUGGAAACCAGGCUCCUCUCUGGAAGCCCCGGGCCCCUCAGCCGUCACUCCAGCAGGGUUUCCUCGCUACACACACUGCCCAUUCUGGGUGGGCCUUGCUGGUCGCACGGAUGACUGAAACCCUAGGAGCCCCGCAGAAGCUUGGCUAACUGGCAACACACAGGGACAGCACUGUGGGCACAGCUCCCAGGCCACAGAGAGUCCACCUCGGUACUGCUGGGGGCUGCGGUCACUUGGCAGGCCCCGGAGCCUGCAAUUGGAGCUGGCCUCUGUCUCCAGACCCGGUUCAGAAGGGUUGGGAAGCAUUCCUCCUCUACUGUGGCUUCACUGGUCCUUUGGGAUUUCCUCUCUAGGCACCGCCUCAGUAACCCUUGCAGGGGGCUUAGGAGGAGGCAAGAAUGAGUGUGCCUUCCAGACAGCACAUGCGGUUCCACGGGGCGUCUGACUCACCACCAACUGAAGAGAGGAUAUUGUCCCUACCGAAAGAGUGCUCUCCCCUGGCCUCAGAGUGCUCAGGAGGGACAGUUUGCCUGACAGGAUUUAUUCGGGGCAGGAGGCUCAGCCGCAGCAGGGCCCUGAAGCCUGCAGGAAGCCGCCCAUGUGAGCUGGAGUUGGAUGGAGCAGGGCUUGGGUCUGCCCCUCCCCAGGCCACCAGUGGCUGGCCUUCCAGGGACCAGUCCUGCCCACGUGGUCUCCAAAGUAGCCUCGAGCCCCUCAUUCUGCUGGGUUUCAUUUCCAGAAUCUGGCCGAAUUUCCUUAUUUAUUAUCCCCUGUGCCUUUCUUUUCCCUUCCUCAUCUUUAUCUUGUUAUGCUUGGAAGAGACCCCAGCAACCAAGACCCAGCCUCCAGAGGCCAAGACCAAGCCAGACUCUCCCUCAGCUUCCCCUUUGCUUCCAGGAGAAAGUCCACUGAAAAAAAUUACCUUGUUUAUACAGAGCGGACAGAACUCAGCAGGGAAAUGGGAACCUUUUAUGCACCGAAGUGGCUUCUGAAGCAAAAAGCAGCAAGGCUCUUGAUGUUUCAUGCUGCCUUAUUUAUAUUAAAGGAAGAAUUAAAUUCUUGCAGAGUAGAAACUGGUCGCAGUGUUUGUUUUUA